GAGAGAUGUGUACGAAGAAGUGUGCAACUGGUAAACCACUGCUAUAACUACCUCCUAUACAAUAAAAAAAAAAAAUCCACGGGAGGAGUUUUGAAAGUGCGAGAAGUGUGUGCCAAAUCACCUUGAGGUUUUCGCCACAUGCCAAGCAUGACGAUGACCUCCCACAUAUGCCUUAAAACAAUUCCUCAAAAGUUAAGUAAACUAUAGUUUGUCAAAAGAUCUUUAUAGUUUUUUAUUAAUAAUACAGUUAUUCUAGUGAUUUUUAAUUCACUCCACUUUAUUCCAUGUUGCUUUAUUAAUUAUCUACUAGUCUUCGGCUUACAGUAACAUAAACGUUGAAAAUGCUCUGGAACAAUCUGUAAACACUCAGAGAAUUGGAAUUAGCGUGAAGCAUAUUGGCUGUCUUUUGGCUCCAUACAUUAUUUGUUCUAUAUACGCGUUUUGAAAUUUCCAUUUCAUUUUGUUUUUGGGUGACUUCAAUUCAGCCAGCUGAAAUUGUGUUGUUGAAGCAGUGUGAAUUAUGGACGGGAAUAUAGAAGAAGCGAAGAGCAAGAGUAUUCUUGUGACUGGCGGUGCAGGUUAUAUUGGCAGUCACACUACUUUGCAAUUGUUGCUGGGUGGUUACAGAGUAGCUGUGAUUGAUAAUCUGGACAAUUCAUGUGAAGAAGCUAUUCAAAGAGUUGCUCAAUUGGCUGGAAAAUAUGGUGGCAAUCUCACUUUCCACCAGGCUGAUCUUCGGGAUAAAGAAGCUUUGGAGAAAGUAUUUUCAGUGGAAAAAUUUGAUGCUGUUAUUCAUUUUGCUGGAUUGAAAGCCGUGGGAGAGAGUGUAGCCAAGCCAUUACUUUACUACAACAAUAACAUAGUUGGUACAUUAAAUCUAUUGGAAGUUAUGAUUGCUCAUGAUUGCAAGAAGCUAGUUUUCUCAUCAUCUGCUACAGUUUAUGGUCAGCCAAAGGAGGUCCCAUGCACAGAAGACUUCCCACUAUGUGCAGUGAACCCUUAUGGACGAACUAAGCUCUUCAUUGAAGAAAUCUGCUGUGAUGCUCAACGGGCAGAUCCUGAGUGGAAAAUUAUGUUGCUUAGAUAUUUCAAUCCUGUUGGAGCUCAUCCUAGUGGAAUUAUAGGUGAAGAUCCUCGGGGAAUUCCAAACAAUCUCAUGCCAUUUGUUCAACAAGUUGCAGUUGGUAGGCGACCUGAACUGACUGUAUUUGGAACAGAUUACAAGACAAAGGAUGGCACAGGGGUCAGAGACUAUAUACAUGUCAUGGACUUGUCAGACGGUCAUAUUGCUGCUCUUUCCAAGCUCUUUGAGACAAAUGAUAUAGGUUGUGAAGUCUAUAAUUUGGGGUCGGGCCGAGGCACAUCUGUUCUCGAAAUGGUGGCUGCAUUUGAGAAGGCAUCAGGGAAGAAAAUUCCUCUGAAAUUUGUUGAUCGUCGGCCUGGAGAUUCUGAAACUGUGUAUGCAUCUACAGAGAAGGCUGAGAAGGAAUUAAAUUGGAAAGCUCAGUAUGGAAUAGAGAAGAUGUGCCGUGACCAGUGGAAUUGGUCAGAAAAAAAUCCUUGGGGCUAUAGAUCACCGGAGACAACUGAUUGAAAUAUAAAAGUGCCGUCUGCUCUUUAUACGGAAUAAUAGCAAAGUUGUUGAUGCUCUCUGCUCUUUAUACGGAAUAAUAGCAACAUUGUUUGAUGGAUGUUGGCAAUGGCUUAAGAGGGAUUUCAUGAGCCCUCUAAUUUAAUAUACAGGAGCUUCUUGUACAAAAUAGAGUAGCAUCGCUAUUUGAAGGAUGCUGCAGUGGCAUAAGGGGAUCAAUUAUCCAAUAAGUGCAUAUUCCACAUCUGUUCAUCUUAAUGUAGAGAUUUUGAAAUCUUUGACAAAGGUGUCAUAUUUCCUAGGAAACUAUAAUCGUCGUUUUUUGGAAAAUAGUCAUACAGGUUGAAUAAGAGUUUGAUCUAGCCAUUUGUGUCAUUGGCUACUGAAAGCUUCCACCAACAAAGUGCAGAUUGUAAUUUGAGCUGUCAAAACUUAUGAUGCUUUUAAUAAACAUUAAUGGUAGUUAUUGUUCAACCUA